CUUCUACUUCAAAGUUCCGACCAUUACUUUCUUUUCUGUAUUGUUCUUUCUUCUGUAUUAAUACCAACAAUGAUACCAACAUGCAAAUCUAAAUGUGAGAGUGACAAAAAAUGUCAACAUGUCAAAGUCGACGUUACGAUUUAAAAAUUUUGAUAUUGCCGUUCCAAAAUUGUCAGUGUAAGAUGGAUCUGGAUGAGCAGCCAUUUUGGAUAAACUUUCGUGCUGAUUCUUUCAGCUCUACUUCAGAAGAUUUGGAACAAAAAGAAAAAAAUGAUACCACCAAAGCGUAUUACUUGAAAACUCUAAAGAAUAUAAUUAACCAGAUAAAUAAGCUGCUUCAGAAAGCUUACAAGAUAGAGGAAACACUCAUAAACGCAGUUUUCAAAAUGGAUUCUGAGACUAUUAAUGAAUCUUUAAAAGAAUAUCAAUAUGGAUGGUUGCCUUCAAAGGACUCUCUGUUAUCCAACAUAGGUAAUGGUGAACUCAAAGAAAAUAAAAUAGAAGAAAUCUUGCCAAAUGUCUACACUAAUCUUCAAACAGUAUCUGCAGGACUGGAGCUGAUGCUCGAACACGAGAAGUAUAAUGAGUUCGAAAGAUUGAAAUCUUAUCUAAGAUCAGUCCUUUGUGAAAUAUACACCGCUCUCAGGGAAUGUCAGCUGAAUUUACCAGAAGAUGUUUCACGUUCGGUAGUGCCCCAAGAAAUCCGCAACAUGAUUGAAAUUCCAGAAACUAACAUACGAAAUUGGAUUAUCUUUAGAAAUUUCAUUGAUACAUUGAACGGUGUCACGGACAUUUUUUUAAGAUUCUUGUCGAACAUUUCGGAUGAGUAAAUUUUAUUAUCGCCCAUUUCUCUUUUAUUCUCGUGCUAUUAUAAUUUUUAUUUUUUUAAUUUCUUAACUGAAUAAUUAGGUGUCAAUGCUCCUUUGAAUUUUAAUUUUCAAUUUCAAUAAUAUCGAUCUUUUAUUAUAAUUUUCAUCGAAAACAUUUUAUUAUGACAAUCGUUUCAAAUUUUAGCAUCAGAAUAAAAACAUGUCAGCGGUAUAUUUAAUUUUAUUAACAGAAAUAGCCAGAAUCAGCAUAUUUUUGAAGUUGCAGGAGCGUUAAACCUUUGC